AUGGCGGGGAACAACACAAUCCUCAACACCAUCGCCCUCCUCUCCGCAACGCUAACAACCUACAACCCACUCCCCUACAACCCAGGCUUCUCCAUCAAAAACGUCCUCUCCCUCGCCCAAUCCCUCCCCCGGUACUCAUGGGAAUACGGAACAUCCGCCGAAGCCCAACUCGAACUCUUCACGCCCCAAUUCUCCGUCUUUGGCGCGACCCCGUUCCCGAUACCAGCACUACCAGCAGCGAGGGUGAUUGCCUUGAACUAUGCAUCGUCAAAGGUGGAUUUUGGGACGGGGUACGCGGCGUUGAGUGCGGGUAGCGGUGCGGCGGGUGAUCCGUCGAGUUUGGGAGUGAGUGCGGUGAUGUUGGGUAAGAUGGAUGGGAAGUAUACGGCUGCUGCAGAGGAGACGGUGGAUGCGCUGCUCACUCAGAUCCCACGAUGGUCGAAUGGGGCGAUAUCGCAUCGUCCGGACGUUGCUGAGCUUUGGGCAGACUUCGUAUACAUGGUCCCACCCUUCCUGGCCUACUACGGCGCAGACACCCAAAACGCCUCGGUCCUCCUCCAAUCAUACACCCAAUGCCAACUCUACCGACAAGUUCUUCAACCUUCGAGCGGCGGCGCGUGGAUGCACAUCAUGGGUCCCCAAAACCAAGACACCGGACUCUGGUCGACGGGGAAUGGGUGGGCCGCAGCUGGGAUGACACGCGUCCUCGCUACAUUUAUCAAAUCCCCUUUCGCUCAACAACUCAAUGGGAGUGCGCAGGCAGAUGCGGUGGAGGGGUUGACGGGGUACAUCAAGGAGAUAUUAGACGGCGCGAUGAGCUCGCCCAUGAGUUUUGGGCUGUUGAGGAAUUAUUUGAAUGAUACGAGUGGUGAUGGACAGGGGUUCCCUGAGAUUUCGGGGAGUACGCUGUUGGCGAGCGUAGCGUAUCGAAUGGCCGUUCUCCGUCCCGAUGUCUUUUCUUCCUCCUCCAACUCCUCCAACUCCACCUCUGCCUCCUCCGUUUCCACGUACAUAUCAUGGGCCGACAACAUCCGCGCCGUCCUAGGCGCAUACGACGCCUCUGGCAACCCACACAUCACAAAAACAGGAAUAGCAACCCCAGCAGUGAACCCGCUAAACUGGCAUGAUACGACGCCGUAUACGUCUGGUAGUCCGGAGGGGCAGAAUUUUGUGGUGUUGAUGUAUGCGGCGUGGAGGGAUUGUGUGUAUGCAGAGGUUUGUGGGAAUCCGUUGGCUGCUUCGACGACGACCUCUGCGACGGCUGGGGCAGCGACGACGACGACGACGGGGAAUUCACGAAGGAUGGUGAAGAAGCGGAUGCAUGGUGGGCUGAGGAGAGCUUUGGAUAUAUUUGGCAAGAUUUCGGGGUGAACAGCUUCUGGUGGGAUUGAUUCGCUGCCACUUCGAUUCACUUUGACGUCCAAUGUUGAGUUUUACAGUCGAGCACAUCGUUUGCAACGAUUCCGGACACAAUGUAGACUAUUAUUCUACUCGUUAUUGGUACUCUUAUUUGACAUGUAUUUCUAUGUACGUUCAAGUACUGUACAAUUGCAUGUUAUAUGUACAAGGU